AUGGGGGAACCCGUGUUGGCAGCUUCGGUUGCGAAGCCGACCACGAUGGAGGGAAGGAAUCUCAUCCUCCUCUAUGGAUCUGAAACAGGUAAUGGAGAGGAAAUCGCCAUGGAGCUGGCCAAAAUGGCGGAGAGAUUACACUUCAAUACUGUUGUUGGUGAAAUGGAUGACUUCAAGUUGACGGACUUGUUGCGCUACUCUUUGGCCAUCUUUGUCACCUCUACCACGGGCCAGGGUGAUAUGCCAAAGAACACAACCACGUUGUGGAAAAGCCUUAGACGUACCAAGCUCAACAAUACCAACUGCCUUGCAUCUGUAAAGUUCUCCAUCUUCGGACUUGGUGAUAGCUCUUAUCCAAAGUUUAACUGGGCAGCGCGGAAGCUUCGUGUGCGACUUUUGCAACUUGGUGCUUCCGAAUUCUUCAGACCGGGCGAAGCCGACGAGCGACAUGAAAAUGGGCGACUAACACACAACUCGGAUUACAGACUCGACAGCAUCUAUUUGCCCUGGUACCAGGAGUUGAGAGAGUCAUUGUUAUCUCAAUUCCCUCUUCCAAAGGGCAUUGAGCCCAUACCAGACGACGCUCAACUUCCACCCAAGUACAACAUCCGGCUUGUGCCGUCAACCGGCUCAGUCAAGGACAAAAUAACGAACGGCGAAGGCCAUGUCUCGCAAGUCGAGGACAACGAGCAGUUAGCGGCCAAAUUCGAGCGGAUGAGUACCGACUCGGAAUCAACUGAGGCCCCGUGGCAGAAGGAUGGUACUGACGUCCCAGAUUUUCCGCCAGCGAAAUUGCUGCCAAUACCUGGUUCUUUCACGGCGCAAGUUGUUUGCAACAAGAGGGUGACUCCAGAAGACCAUUGGCAAGACGUCCGACACAUCGAAUUUGAACUCCGCAGUCCAGGACGCAAUGGGGCCAUGUCCUUUGCCGGUCAAACACUCUUAAUCUACCCUAAGAACUAUCCCAAGGACGUACAAAAGCUGAUUGACUUGAUGGGGUGGAGUGACGUGGCCGAGCAGAGAAUCGAAAUUGACUGGGCGAAGGGCACUCGGCCAAGAGACUAUCAUUUCUUGAAGGAUGCAACAAUUCGCGAUGCCCUGACGCACAAUUUCGACAUCAGCGCCGUCCCCAAACGGACAUUCCUCGAGUUCAUGGCCUACCACACCACCAACCCUCUCGAGAAGGAACGUCUUCACGAGCUCACCCAGCGAGGUGACAGCGACGAGUUCUACGAUUACACCUCUCGCCCGCGUCGAACCAUCCUCGAGGUCCUCGAGGAUUUCCCCGGCGUCAAGAUCCCCUAUACUCGACUGCUCGAGUUUCCCAUCAUCCGCCCCCGCGAGUUCAGCCUCUGCAAUGGUGGCGAUCCCACCGUCAACGCCAAGGAUCUGGUCAUCUCCAACGAACAAGACACUACUACUAGCACCGAUGUUUACAAAUUCGAAAUCCUUGCCGCCCUGGUCCAUUACCGUACCAUCAUCCGCAAACCCCGCCAAGGCCUCUGCUCACGCUAUCUCCGCCACCUCCCCGUCGGGACCACCGUCCAAAUCGGCAUCAAGCCGCCCAGCAGUCCCUUCUCCAUGGACGACCCGUCCUUCUACUCGCGACCGCUCAUCGGCGUCGCCACGGGGACUGGCAUCGCUCCGUUUCGCGCUUUGCUUCAGGACCGUUGUCUCGUCCAAGACCAGCAACAGCUGGGCCCAACCCUCCUCUUCUUCGGCUGCCGCAACGCUGCAGCCGAUUUCCACUUCCAGGAGGAAUGGGGGACUGUCCCCAAUCUAACCGUUUACCCCGCAUUCUCCCGGGACAACGACUCGUCCUCUACCGAAGAAGAAACCAAACUUGCCCUCCAACGGGCAGCAGGCAUCUACGACGCAGGCAAGAACUACGUCCAGUACCAAAUUCGACAGCAUGCCGCCAAGGUUGGUGAGUUGUUGAGGCAAAAUCCCAUCAUUGUCGUCUGCGGAAAUAGUGGGAGGAUGCCCAAGAGCGUGAGGGAGGCGUUGGAGGAUGCGGCGGUUGGAAGUGGGGUGGUGGCGGAUAGGGAGGAGGCGAAGGGGUGGUUUGAUCGGAAGGAGAAUUGUGUCUAUUGGCAGGAGACUUGGUAG